CCAUUCUUACAAAAGCGUCGCGGAUCUUCUGCGAGUCAAAGCCGAGUGCGCGCAUCCUCCGGGAGAACUUCUCGCGCUCAGAGAGGAAGCAGGUGUCGCGCGCGCGUGCGGAGUAUCAUUCAGAGAGGUAACUUUCAAAACGGUCCCGUUUUCUCUGACACAGCUUUGGCUUUGCCUUAACCCUGUGGAUUUUGACUUUUAAACUCUUUCCGUGACUAUCGUGUUAUAAAGCAGAUGUAAACAUUCAAAACAAACAGAUGAAGUAAAUCAAAGCAAUAGCACGUUGAAUGCCUUUCUAUUUUAAUUGAAAUGGACGAUAUGCUGGCUCGCUUCUGAGUGUUAUUGCACAGUUUUUAAAAAGCCAUGCCUCGGCCAGGCAAGAACUCCUACAGUGACCAGAAGCCCCCGUACUCGUACAUCUCUCUGACUGCCAUGGCCAUCCAGAGCUCCUCGGAGAAGAUGCUCCCCCUCAGCGACAUCUACAAAUUCAUCAUGGACCGCUUCCCGUAUUACCGCGAGAACACUCAGCGCUGGCAGAACUCGCUCCGGCACAACCUUUCCUUCAACGACUGCUUCAUCAAGAUCCCCCGGCGCCCCGACCAACCGGGCAAGGGCAGUUUCUGGGCCUUGCAUCCAGACUGUGGAGACAUGUUCGAGAACGGCAGCUUCCUCCGCCGCCGCAAGCGUUUCAAGCUCCUGCGGGUGGAGCAUUCGGCUUGCAAGAGUGGCCCCGUGCUGCACUCCUACCACUCUCACCAUUCCCAGCACCCCUUGCACCAAUCCCACCACCAUUCAAGCAAGCUGGGCGUGGGACAUCCGGAGUACCUGGGCACCAUGGGCCGCCUCUCUCACUUCCAGAGCUACACGCUUGGCGGCGGGCAGAGCGGCGGCUUCAAGCACCCGUUCGCCAUCGAGAGCCUCAUUGGCAGAGACUAUAAAGGAGUGAUGGCCAGUGGGUUGCCCAUCGCGUCGGUCAUGCAUCACCUCGGCUAUCCCGUGCCCGUGGGCGGCAUGGUCAACUCCGUGUGGCCGCACGUCGGCAUGCUGUCCGAGCCGGUGUCGUCAGACUACCCACCGUUCAGUGUGGCGGUGAAGGGGCUGUACCAUCACCACCCGGGAAGCCAGAGCAUGCCCGCCGUGCCGGUGCCCAUCAAACCCACGCCAACCCUGGGCACGGUCCCGUCCUUGACUGGCAUGACGCAGGGAGUAACGCAGCUGUGCCCGAGAAGCGCAUCACUGAUGGAGAGAGACCCAACAACUCUCGUUGAGGAAAAAAGCGGGUCUCUCCAUCCUGCUCUCCUGCAGUCCUGAGCCAAAAAAAAGGACCGGUGGGUACGUAGAGCAUGCUUUUGGGGACGGCUGUGGACUGAUUUGAGAUGCCAAGCCAUUUUCCAGAAGAUCUGCACUGUCCUUUUAAAAAGUGUUAAAUAAGCUUUUAUGGCUGUGUAUUUCAGGCUAUAGUUUAUGCAGAAUGCAGGUUGUCAUAUGCGGCUCUGCGCUUUUCUGCUUUGUUGUACAUGUUUGAACUUCUUUUAAAAACUGUGUGCUGUACAAAGGACUGUAUAAACCGCUAUAAGGAAAAACAUGUGUCUGAUGUACAUUUUUUUAAAACAUGUACAAAUUGAAGCCUUAUAAACAUUUAAGAUACACAGACUGUAAAAUGAAUUUAAAAAUGUUGUGUUUGCACACGACUACGGCUUGCAUGCUUGUGUGACACUGGUAAAACAGUGAAGAGGAUUUCUGUCUGAGAGAAAGAGAGAGUCGUGAAAAAACCCAAAGUGAAUUUUGCUAAAUUAUUGUAUUUGUGUAAAAUAGAAAAUACAUUUACGUUAUAAUGUUCUUAUGUAUUAUCAUAAAUGUUAUACAUGUAAAUAUGUGUAGAAUAUAAUCAAUUUCAGCAUUUGAAUUGCACUCGUGGUAUUUACUAACACAACAUCUUAAUAUUUUAUGAAAAUAUAACAAUCAAAUAGACAGUUAUAGUCAACAAAAGCAAGUGUGCUGUUUUCAGGUGGCAUAUGAGAUAAAAAAAAUAAAACCAGUAGAAUUGUUUAAGAUUUGUAAAUGAAGUAUUUUUAGAGUAAAAUCAUACUUCAAUCCAGUUUCUGUGCAGUGGAAUGUCUUUUUUUCUGUGACUUUUUCUCAUUUAGUUCU